AUGCCUGAGCCAGCCAAAACCGCGCCCAAGAAGGGCUCCAAGAAAGCCGUCGCCAAGAGCGUCAGCAAGUCCGGCAAGAAAAGGAGAAGGACCAGGAAGGAGAGUUAUGCCAUCUACGUGUACAAGGUGUUGAAGCAAGUCCACCCCGAUACUGGUAUCUCCUCCAAGGCCAUGAGCAUCAUGAAUUCGUUCGUCAACGACAUCUUCGAGCGGAUCGCAUCUGAGGCCUCCCGCCUGGCUCACUACAAUAAGCGUUCCACCAUCAGCUCCAGGGAGAUCCAGACCGCUGUGCGUCUUCUGCUGCCCGGAGAACUGGCUAAGCACGCCGUGUCUGAGGGCACAAAAGCCGUCACCAAGUACACCAGCUCGAAGUAA